AUCCGCAGCGUCAUGCAGAAGUACCUGGAGGACCGGGGAGAGGUGACGUUCGACAAGAUCUUCAUGCAGAAGAUUGGGUACUUGCUUUUCCGGGACUUCGCUUUUAACCAGGCAGAGGAGGCCAAACCCCUGAUGGAGUUUUAUGAGGAGAUCAAGAAGUAUGAGAAGCUGGACUCGGAGGAGGAGCGAGCUGCCCGGAGCCGCCACAUCUUUGACCAUUACAUCAUGAAGGAGUUGCUGGCCUGCUCCCACCCCUUCUCCAAGAGUGCCACGGAGCAUGUCCAGAGCCGCCUGAGCAAGAAGCAGGUGCCCCCAGACCUCUUCCAGCCCUACAUUGAGGAGAUCUGCCAGAACCUGCGUGGGGGCAUCUUCCAGAAAUUCAUUGAGAGCGACAAGUUCACGCGGUUCUGCCAGUGGAAGAACGUGGAGCUGAACAUCCAUCUCACCAUGAACGACUUCAGCGUUCACCGAAUCAUCGGCCGUGGUGGUUUCGGGGAGGUCUACGGCUGCCGGAAAGCAGAUACGGGCAAAAUGUAUGCCAUGAAGUGUUUGGACAAGAAACGCAUCAAGAUGAAGCAGGGCGAGACCCUGGCCCUCAACGAGCGCAUCAUGCUGUCCCUCGUCAGCACCGGGGACUGCCCAUUCAUCGUGUGCAUGUCGUACGCCUUCCACACACCCGACAAGCUCAGCUUCAUCCUCGACCUCAUGAACGGGGGAGACCUGCAUUAUCACCUGUCCCAGCACGGCGUCUUCUCAGAGGCAGAGAUGAGGUUCUACGCGGCCGAGAUAAUCCUGGGCCUGGAGCACAUGCACAGCCGCUUCGUGGUGUACCGUGACCUCAAGCCGGCAAACAUCCUCCUGGAUGAGUUUGGGCACGUCCGCAUCUCAGACCUGGGCCUGGCCUGCGACUUCUCCAAAAAGAAGCCCCAUGCCAGUGUGGGCACCCAUGGGUACAUGGCUCCGGAGGUGCUGCAGAAAGGGGUGGCAUACGACAGCAGCGCCGACUGGUUCUCACUGGGCUGCAUGCUCUUCAAGCUGCUCCGGGGGCACAGCCCCUUUCGGCAGCACAAGACCAAAGACAAGCACGAGAUCGACCGUAUGACCCUCACUAUGGCCGUCGAGCUGCCGGACUCCUUCUCCCCCGAGCUGCGCUCCCUGCUCGAGGGGCUCCUGCAGCGAGAUGUCAACCGGCGGCUGGGCUGCAUGGGGCGCGGGGCUCAGGAGGUGAAAGAGGAGCCCUUCUUCAAGGGCCUGGACUGGCAGAUGGUUUUCUUGCAGAAGUACCCACCGCCCCUGAUCCCACCCCGCGGUGAGGUGAAUGCGGCUGAUGCCUUUGACAUCGGCUCCUUCGAUGAGGAGGACACGAAGGGCAUCAAGCUGCUGGAGAGCGACCAGGAGCUGUACCGCAACUUCCCGCUCACCAUCUCCGAGCGGUGGCAGCAGGAGGUGACGGAGACCGUCUUCGAAGCCGUCAACGCCGACACCGACAAGCUGGAGGCUCGCAAGAAGGCCAAGAACAAGCAGCUGGGCCACGAGGAGGAGUACGCCAUGGGCAAGGACUGCAUCAUGCACGGGUACAUGGCCAAGCUGGGCAACCCCUUCCUGACGCAGUGGCAGCGCCGCUACUUCUACCUCUUCCCCAACCGCCUCGAGUGGCGUGGGGAGGGCGAGUCGCCGCAGUCCCUGCUCACCAUGGAGGAAAUCGACUCGGUGGAGGAGACGCAGGUGAAGGAGCGCAAGUGCAUCCUGCUCCGCAUCCGCGGUGGCAAGCAGUUCGUGCUGCAGUGCGAUAGUGACCCCGAGCUGGUGCAGUGGCGGAAGGAGCUGCGGGACGCCCAGCGCCAGGCCCAGCAGCUGCUGCAGCGGGUGCCGCGCAUGCAGAACAAGCCCCGCUCGCCCGUGGUGGAGCUCAGCAAAGUGCCGUUCAUCCAGCGCUCCGCCAACGGGCUCUGACCCUGUGCCGAUGCGCCUGCGUGCCCUCUUUCCCCCCCUUCCCACCCCGCCUCUAAUUUAUUGGGUUGGGUUCCCGUGUUCCCCCGCUCCUUUUCGUCGUCCCCGGGCCGGGUGUUGGAGGACACCCGGUGCCGGUCUCACCCGCCGGGUGCGGAGGGGGGCACGGCUGCGGUGUCGACCGUCCAGCCCAGCCUCUGGCGCGGAGCUGGCGCUGGGCGCGUGGCGCAGCUCGGCACCUCUCCCUGGCGUCCCCUCAAAUCCUCUACGAACUCUCCGGCUAAGAUGAAGGCAGCCCCCGCGCCCCCUCUCCGUGCCCGCCCGCUUCGCCACCGCUGUGUGUGCCAAAUUGGGGCAGGUGGGUGCCCAGCUCCGGCCGGGCAGGGAACCGGCCAGCUCCUCUCACCCGUAGCCUUUGCCCCCACCUCCCUACGAGCCGGUGUGCCCUGGUGCCCGUCGUGUGGGUGCCAAGUCCUUGGUCUGUGUGUGUGUGAGUGUGCGUGCCCAGGGGCAUCCCCUGUAAAUACUGUGC